GCAUUUCCUGUUCUAUGGCUCAAGAUCAUGUCUUGAAGAUAAACAUUUCUGGGUCAUCAUUGAAAGGUUUUCUUGCUCCAGAAUUGGGCUUACUCUCUUCCUUGAGAGAACUAGUUUUGCACGGAAACAAUUUGAUUGGUGUAAUACCCAAAGAAAUUUGCAUGUUGAAAUACCUGAGGGUCUUGGAUUUGGGAAUGAAUGGGCUAUCGGGUCCAAUUCCUUCUGAAAUUGGGAAUUUGACCAUCCUCAUGAAAAUAAAUCUGCAAUCCAAUGGAUUGAUGGGGACACUCCCUCCUGAGCUUGGCAAUUUGAAGUACCUCGAGGAACUUCAACUAGAUAGGAAUAAGCUUCAAGGAUUUGUUCCUGGAAGUAACAAUUCAGAUUUUACAUCCACCAGUCAUGGGAUGUUUGCCUCAAGUCGGAACACUACUGGUUUGUGUUGUUCAUCGCAGUUAAAAGUUGCUGAUUUCUCAUACAACUUCUUUGGUUAAAUGUUUUAUCAAGCUCAAGUUCAAUUUUUUUAUCAAGCUCGCUCGAUGGCACAUGCAAGGUUAGUUAAUUAUGUUAAAUGUUUCAUAAUAAUAUCUUCCUGGCAUGAGUAUUUUUGUUUCUCGAAAUGACUUAUUUUCGUAUUGUAGGUAUGGAACCUUGUUACUGGAAGACUUUUACAAACUCGAGCUUUUCCACUACCAAUUACUGCAAUAGUUGUUGAUCCAACAGAGAUGAAGUUAUUUUCUAGUGAUAUAGAUUACUAAUGGAUAUUUCUUUUUUGUAUACAGAGGGCAUCAUUUUUGUAUGAUUAUCUGUUUGUAUGAAAUUAUUAUUUUGGGUUGGAUUAUAUUUGGUUUGUAUAGAAUUUGAUGUUCUAAGACCAAAUUUUUGGAAGGUUGAAAGUGAAAUAGAAAUAGACAUAUGUA